ACAGGAGCCCUCCGCGGUUGGCUGUCGUCCAAGUUAACGGUGCUGUGUUUGUCCCGGGGAUGUGUGUACGGCUGGGUGUCGCUCGCUGAGGAGAGACGCCAAUAAGGACCCCCCCCCCCCCCUCCCUCCCUCCCGCACUAUGGAGCCACGCAUUGCAGGCUGCUGUGAAAGGUGACAAUGAAAUGAAAAGCAUCUGACCCUCAACUGUAAACUUCUACCUGGUGCUGCUGCACAUCAAAGUGACGAUACGUAACUGAAUCAAGAUCUACAAAUGUUGCACAAUUGUGGAGUUUGUGAAACCAACACCAGCACCAUGUUCUACGGUUCUUCCUCUGGGGCCAGUAUGUCCCUACCGUCCAAGAGCCGCCUGAAACGCCAGAGCAGGACCUUCACACAGGUCCUGUACCGGACUCUGAGCUACAGAGACCGUGUCCCAGUAGAAACGGGAACAAACACUCGUGGGGACCGACGCUCGACCACCGAACCCCCAGAGCGACCGACGGACGACCCGGCUGAACUCUCCACGCAGAGCUCGGCCCCCGGGGUGCUGAAGAUCUUUGGAGAUGAAAUUUGUGCCGGUGCCAACUACAAGAGUGUUCUGGCCACCUCUCGCUCCAGUGCGCAGGAGCUGGUCAAAGAGGCACUCGAGCGCUACUCCCUGAACAAGAACGCGGCCCACUCCUACGUCCUGUGCGACGUUAUCGGCCGCCGAGGGGGAGGCGGGAUAGGGGGAGGCGGGUGGCGGACCGAGUGCUUGCGUGCGAUGGGGGACAAUGAGAAGCCUCUGUUGCUGCAAGAGCUUUGGAAACCCAGAGAAGGACACGCUCGCAGAUUUGAGCUGCGCAGGAGAGCAGAGGUGGAGGAAUUCAACGCCAAGGAGAAGGACACCAUCACUGCUGAUAUUAAUGCUCAGGCUCGUAAGCUCCAGAGGAACAGGGCGAAGGGGACGCUGACCCUGCCCCGAUCCAGCAACUCAUCAUUCUGCCGGAGCCUCAGCGAGACCAGCCUCAACCAGCUGGGAGUGGGAGAUGAGCCCAAGCGCUAUUACUCCACCCUGCCAGGGCCUUUAAGGGCUCGGGAACGGGAGGCAGCCUCCAGCGGCCGGAGGAAAGAGGAAGGGAGUCAGGGAGGAGGAGGAGGAGGAGGGGUGAGGCACUCGCUUUACCAGUCCCCGCACCUCCUGCUGCUACAGGGAUACAAUCGGCAGGACUGUCUGGUUUACCUGCUGAACAGAGAGCAGCACACCGUCGGUCAGGAGACGCCAUCAGCUCGCCCCAACAUCUGCCUCUUCUCUCCUGACAUCCUGCCCCUCCACUGCCGCCUGCGCCGAGUCCCCGCGCCCCGUCGUCAUGCCAACAACAACAACAAGGGAGAGGAGCCGGGGGAGAGCCAGCGGUCCUGCGUCGCCGUUGAGCCAGUGCUCCACGCCACCGUUCUGGUGAACUUUUCCCGCUGCGAGCGCUCCACCACGCUGCGACACGGUGACCUGCUCUCCUUCGGAGCGCAUUACAUCUUCCUGUACAAGGACCCCACUGGCGCUAAGCCCUUACCCGCUCAGACCUUGGCACGCCUUCGCUCCCUGGGGCAGCUUUACGAUGCAGGGGUGGAGGAGGGGGAGGGCGGCGCUCAAACUUGUAAGAUGUGUGGUUCUGUGCUAAAGGACAGAGCGGCGCAGGUGUCCAGUGUUCCUGCCAUCAGACGCAGCUUCAAACCUCACCUGGUGAAGCCCCGCAGCGUGGGGACGACAGCAGGAGGGCCACAUAGUUUAUCCGGUGGGGAAGGAGGACGAGCAGGAGGAGGAGGAGGAGGUCAGAAAAGAAGGCUACAGCUGGAGUUUGACCAGACUCAUGAAGACCAACUGUUGAACAGGAUUGUGUCUCUGAUCGAACCCGGAGGAGACGACCAUAAGCUGACACCUGCCUACCUGCUGUGUCUGUGCAUUCAACACUCGGCUUCAACCUUCCCACCGGGGAGUUUUGGAAAACUUCUGCUCAAGAUUGUCCGACGAAUCCAGACCAUCGCAUGGGAGAGGACAAAGGAUCUGGCUCAGAAGCAAGCUCAGCACCAGGACCCGGCCACCCUGUCUCUGCUCAGUAUCUCAGACUUGAUCCCAGACCUGCAAACCAUCUUCUUCUGGAUGUCCAACUCCAUCGAGAUCCUCUACUUUAUACAGCAACGAGUACCAGCGUACACACACAGCAUAGAGACACUGCAAGGGUCAAAGGAGUCGCUGCUGUCUGCGACCAUAUCAGCCAAUGAGGAGGCGAUGACUAUCUUGGAAGAAGUGAUCAUGUACACUUUCCAGCAAUGUGUCUACUAUAUCACCAAGGCUCUUUAUGUAGUGUUACCAGGUUUGUUGGACUGUAAUCCAUUCCCAGUCGACAGCUCUGAGCCCUGCUGGAAAGGAGGUGUAGGGUUUCCCGAACCUGUACGCAGAGUCCUGCAGGUGUUUCAGAAUGGCCAGGAGCUUUUGCAGGGCUACCAGGUCCACCCGGAGAUUCAGGCUCAGAUGUUCGCUUACCUCUUCUUCUUCUCCAACGUGUCGCUAUUUAACCAGCUAAUGGACAAAGGUCCAUCUCGGGGUUGGUUCCAGCGUUCAAAGGUGUUGCAGAUUCAGGCGUGUUUGCGGAUGGUCAUGGAGUGGGCAAGCAGGUCCGGUCUGGGACAUCUGGCUGACAAAUUCUUCACCAAACUCAACAGCACUGUGUCCAUACUGGCCACUCCCCAAAAACAGCUCACACAGAUGAGUUGGCGAGCUUUGUCCAGUGAGCACCCGGCUCUGAAGCCUGUCCAGCUGCACAGGAUUCUCACCCAGUACCAGCUCACAGCAGAGCUAGGACCCGUCCCAACAUGGCAACCCAGCAGUGAGGAUGAAGCGUAUAUAUACAGAACAGUUGACCUCCUCGAAAGCUUUGAGAACCACCCUCCCAUAGUGCUGCCCAGCGCCGGCUUCAGAGUGGACCUGGACAGCGAGUGUGUGGAGGACAGCAUCUACAGACAGCUGCUCUACAUCCGCCACUACCUGUGGGGGCUACGCACCAAGACGCAAGCACACACCAACACUCCCAGUGUGCACACACAAUCCAAUGGAACCAACACAGCUGACUGGCCCGACGUUCAGAGGGAGUUGUUGCCUCCGACCCACAACAGUCCCCGCUCUGGGGGUCCUGGGGACGAGUUGACAGCUGAGACGGUAGAGGAGAGAGGACGGGACAGACCCCCAGGCCAAUCACACACACACAGCCUCAGAAGGAACGGCACCAUCCACCACACUCGGACAGCAAAUCCAGACCCGUCCUGCCUCUUGACCCCUCCCAACACCCCGCUGUACCCAGAAGGAGGAGGAGGAGGAGGGCAUAUCAUAGGCCCCAACACCCAGACUAACGGCUGCACCAGCAGAACGGUGUCCGAGUGUAAAAAGACCAACGGACUCAUCAACAACGGACUGGAGGGGUGUAUAAGUGGGUGUGAGUUUCCUUUCCCUGUAUCCUCCCUUGGCGCCCCUCCCCUACCUGAUGACUUGUGUGUGGUGUUUGUAGUGGAACUGGACAAGGGACCCUACGGACUGGGCAUGGGACUCAUAGACGGCCUGCACACUCCUCUCAACGCUCCAGGCAUUUACAUCCGGACUCUGAUCCCUGACGGACCUGCUGCCUCCGACGGCAGACUGAGGAUCGGAGAUCGCAUCCUGGCUGUGAAUGGGACCAGUCUGAUAGGAGCAGACUACCAGAGCGCGGUGGAUCUGAUUCGUCUGGGAGGAGGUCGUCUACGUUUCCUGGUGGCCAAGUCCGACCCCGACGUCUCGGAGAAGAUCAGUGCCUCCUCCUGCUGAUCACCUCUGAGCAACUGCUGCUCCACUAAGACGCACACAACACAAAGGACGGGAGAGGUAGGACGGCGAGACAAAAUGUGCGCACGAACACACGCAGCAUGAAAUCUGAAUGUGAAACCUAGCGUCAGCACAGCACAAAGCCAAGCAAUCAAACUGGAGAUAACGCUCCAUGACUCCACUCCACAGCUGCCAGACCUGCUUCCCUCACGCUGACUCCUGCUGGGUUUGUGUGACAGACAGAAUCUGUAACCCACCGCGACAUCAAAGGAAUCUGCUGCGAGGAAAAGUUGCCUAAUUAUUCAGCAGUCGAGGUCUGAUGGGGUUUAAAGCACAGUAGAUUGUAGGCUUCUAAUUUCUCUUCAGCGCUCGGAGCAUGUGCGCACAUUGGACUUUUUCCACCUGUAUUUUAGGAAACAAUGUUUUAGUAAACUUAGUUAUUAAUUAGCAUGGUAAAAUAGCUACCCAGCUCUCAGACAAAGGGACUCUGAAACUGUUGGAACAGGUUUUUCACGAACUGAAAAUGUACUUUACGAUUCCAAAAAGCAUUUGCGGACGAACAGGAAGAUACCCUCAGUGAACGCCGGAUGUUUUACACGGUGCUUUUAGAGUGUUGUAUGUUUUAUAAUUCUGUUUGUUAGCAACUCACAAAGCACUAUCACUGUCUGCUCAACAGACUAAACUAUUGUGUAUGAAUGUUGAACUUUUGUACUGGAGAGUGGGUGACAAAGGAAGGAAACUCAAGACCUACGAACCCAGCUCUCCCAUUUCACUUUUAACCUCAUCACUGGUCUUUAUACCUCUACUGGAAAAAGAGAUGAGCUCUUUAGGCUUCAGAUACACUGAGGACGUGCAGCUGUUGUGGGACAUUGUUUAUUAAUUACUGGAUCAUCAAGACAACAUGCUUCACUGAUGCACAAUCCCGCUGUCUACAAACCUCUCUUUUAUUGUGAAUAUAUGCUCUAUGUAUCUGUUUAUGAGGUGUUAAUAGUAGUUUGUAAAUAUUUAACACUUGGUCACAUAUUGUUUGGACAUUCAAAAAAGAAACUGCAUUUUGGGAAUUAAUCAAUAAUUUCUGGUCAAUAUAUUGGCCACUAAACACUGAAACCUACUGAUGGAAAGAAACAGAACCUGUGUUUUCUGGAAUGACAGAAAUAUAGUUAUGGAUUGUAUGGGUUCU